AUUUAUUUUUUAAAUAAAAAUGAGCACAGCCAUCUAAUAGCAAUAAAGAGGUUAAAAGUAAAAACUCGAUCCAGUUGAUAAUCAAUUGCAUAUCUCAUCUAAGAAAAACGCAAGAGAAUUCAUAUUCAUUUCAAAAAUAUUUUUGAAGAAAUUCCAAAAUGUUGAAUUGCAUGCAUUAGGUGAAGCCACAAAAAUCAGUGUUAGAGUUGCUGAAAAUUUAUAAAGAUAAGGUAUAAGUUUAAUAUAUUUAAAGGUUUGGUCACAAUAACUAAAAUUAAUUCAUUCACAGCUGAUAUUGAAGGAAGAAAGAGAGUGAAAUUGGUUGUCAGCUUACAACUUACCUAUGAUGGAAAAGCAAGAAUCGAUUAAGAAUUAUAAGCUUGAGUGAUUAAAUGAUAGCGCAAAAUAGUACACAUAUAUUAAAUUUGUUUUAUAA